AUGUCCGUCCGAGUGGUCGCACGUUUACGCCCUUUGCUUGAUAAGGAGCUCGAGAAAGACAUAAUUGUAAAUGCAGAAGGAAGCAAAGAUGGAAAGGUCACAAACAUAGUCCGAAUACCCAACCCGAAAAACGAGUCCGAGGAGUUUAGCUUUGCAUUUAAUGGCGUUUACGACAUGGAAACUACACAGGAGGAGCUGUUUACAAACGAAGUUGCGCCAACUCUGAAAUCGCUUUUCCAAGGUCUCGACGUCACAUUGUUCGCAUACGGAGUAACUGGUACCGGGAAAACACAUACUAUGCGCGGUGGAUUGAAAUUGUCCGAGCGAGGAGUAAUCCCUCGGCUGCUGAGUGGGAUAUACCGCCGAGGAAGGAAGGUUGCAAAGGACUCUGGAGGAGAGACAAGUGUCUCAAUUACGCUCUCAUAUUACGAAAUAUACAACGACAAAGUAUACGACCUCUUUGAACCACCAGAAAAGCGAUCACUAGCCGGCUUACCUCUCCGAGAGAAAGAUGGAAAGACAAUCGUUGUAGGCCUUUCCGAGCGAGCAUGCGACGAUUUGAAAGAUUUCGAGAAGUUAUAUAUUGAGGCCAACAACAACAGGAGCACCGCUGGGACGAAGCUGAAUGCUCAGAGUAGUAGGAGUCAUGCCAUUCUUAUGGUCAAAGUGCACCAGGUCAGCUCAGAAGGGACUUUAAUCAGUACAGCGUCGGCGAUUGAUCUAGCAGGAUCUGAAGAUAAUCGUCGAACGGACAAUGGCCGCGGGGACAAACGGAUCCCAUACAGAGAGUCUAAAAUGACGAGAAUUCUUUCUUUGGGACAAAAUAAUGGUAUCACGAUUAUGAUACUAAACCUAGCUCCACUGCGAUCUUACCACCUCGAUACCUUAUCCAGCUUGAAUGUCAGCUCGCGAGCUAAGAGAAUUGAAGUGAGAGAGAUCGAAAACGAGAUUGUGUUCACUCAACCACCAAGAAAGGCCAAUACGAGCGGUGCAUCUUUGCAGCAGCGUCAGCCUCUGCGGCCGCUUGCAAAUGCUCACAAUACUCAUCCCAACUCAGUCGCUCAGAAAGGAGACAAGCCAGCUAAAGCUUUUUCAGUCUAUUCAGAUCGAGCAAAAGCAGCUCCACGAACGGCAAUGCUCGCCAAUACGGCGACUGUUAGGAAACCGGAUUUAGCGCAAAAACGACCGUCUGAUGUAACAAACGGCUCCCGUCUCAAUAAGAUAGUGAAGCCUGGCAUGCCAAAACCCUCUACUGAAAUGUCAGCUGCCAAGAUCGAGGAGUUGAUCGAACGGAAGGUGGCCGAAGCUUUGGCGAAUCAUGCUCUGGAUCAGCCUCCGGCCAAACCUCCGGUCGAAAUAUCUGAAGCUGUUCAGCGUAGACUUGAGGCACUGGAGAAGAAGAUAGAGAGCGGAGAAGCAGAGGAAGCCAGGGCAGAAGGACUCAGGUUCUUACUCAUGGCGAAACAACACAAGGAAAGAGGUGAGGAUAGCAGUGCACUAAAGAUGUAUGAGAUGGCAGUGCCUUUCUUUCCAAAACAAGAAAAGUUGCAAAAGAAGAUUACCAAUCUCAGAUCUAAAAUCCAGGCGAAGAGAGAUCUUGAGGCCGCUGAACUCUCCACAGCACCCCUGAUAAUGCCAGUGAAGAAGCUCGCAACGGCCCCGAUCGCUUCAAAUACUCAACUUCCAACGCCAGCCGCAUCCUUCGAGAUAUAUCAGCCGAAAUGCGCGGAGCAACCAGAAACCCCGCCAAAGAAUAGGAAGAAAAGGCUCAGUUCCGAGAGAGAUGACGACUUUGAUUGUUCGGCCGUCGUUCGAGCAGACGAACAAGAAGAUGAUAGUUUCGUAUAUAAGCCAAAACAUAAGAAAUCGAAACCCAAACAGAACUCAAAAUCCAGCCUUCGAGUGUUUUCGGAUGUAUGCGAUGACAACAAACAACCUCCGACACCUCGAACAAAGCAACUCCUGGACAUCGUCAAUUCUCGCGACGUAGCUCUCCUCAUGAGUCUAAGUGGGUUUGGAGCGAAGAAGGCCAGAGAUCUCGUCGAGUUUCUCGAAUUGCAAAACGAGGAUGACGGGGGUAAUAUACAAACACUUCAGCAACUGAGAGCUGUACCUGGUGUAGGUAAUAGGACAGUAGAACGAGCUUAUGACGGCAUUGUCAAUGCUCUGUUGGUGUGA